AUGGCAAUUUAUGCCAUCAAUCGGAAGUUCCGGUUUAAGUGCGCAAAGUCUGAACCAGGAUUGAUGGCGCUAGAAUGUUGCAGCGCAACUUGCCCUUGGCGAGUAUAUGCAGUUCGUUUGAAGGAUGCUGAUGUGUUUGAAGUUCGUAAAGUGGUUCCAGAGCAUGUAUGUUCAGUUGACGACGGCGGGGGAUACCAAACUCAGGCUACUGCUGCAGUAAUAGGUGAGCUUAUGAAAGGCAAGUUUGGGGUGUCGGGUUGUGGACCAAAACCUCGUGACAUACGUCACAUGAUGCGUGGUGACCACAAUGUUAAUAUUUCCUACUGGAAGGCUUGGCGUUCUAGAGAUGUAGCUAUGGAGAACACCAAAGAAACUGAUGCAGGUGCUUACGCGAAGCUACCGGAUUACCUAAACAAGCUGGUUACCGCAAAUCCGGGAACAAUUGUGGAACUAUUCACAGAACCACACGACUCUGCUGGCCACAAGUUUAAAUAUUUAUUUGUCGCUUUGGAUGCUUCAAUAAAGGGAUACGAGUUUAUGAGAAAGGUGGUGAUUGUAGAUGGCACCCACUUGAAAAGCAAGUAUCAGGGAUGUUUACUAACUGCUUCAGCUCAAGAUGGCAACUACCAAAUAUUUCCUUUGGCUUUUGCUGUUGUCGAUGGGGAGAACGACUUGUCUUGGGAGUGGUUCUUCUUGAAGCUUUCAAAAUUUGUGACAAAUCAUCAGGAAUUGGUUUUUGUAUCAGAUAGGCAUCCUUCAAUAUCCAAAGGGAUAAGCAAGGUGUUCCCCGGUGCGGGCCAUUUCAUCUGCAUUGUCCAUUUGAAAAGAAACAUCCGCUCAAACUUCAAGGGACGACAUCUAGAGUUUUUGGUGGCAAAAGCUGCAAGAACCUUCAGACUUCAAGAAUUUUACGCAACGUUCAACGAGAUUAAGACAAUGGAUCCAAGAUGUGCAGAAUAUCUUCUGGAGAUUGGUCUUGAACAGUGGGCAAGAUCUCAUUUUCAGGGGAGACGCUAUAAUGUAAUGACAAGCAAUCUGGCCGAGUCUUGGAACGGAGUCUUGCGUGAGGCCAGAGAAUUUCCUGUCAUACGAUUGGUUGAAUUCAUUCGUAGCAAGCUGAUGACGUGGUUUGCUAAUCGGCGUGAGGCGGCCACCAAAAGCGUAGCUCACAUAUCUCCCAGGGUGUUAAAAAUUCUUAGCACAAACUUUGAGAAGUCUGGUGGCUAUGAGGUACUUGAGAUUGGAGAAAAGGAGUACGAGGUGCGAGAAAAACUUGGGGGUGGUUUCCAUGUCAACCUUUCCAAUGACACGUGUAGCUGCUUUGAAUUCCAAACACUAUUCAUUCCCUGUUCCCAUGCAAUAGCGGCGGCUUUAAAAGGAAAGAUUGGAGUUGAAAGCUUGGUCUUGCCUGCGUAUGGGGUUAGUGUACUGAAAUCGGCAUAUGCUGGGACAGUACAUCCUCUGGAAGGUUACAGUGGAAUUGGCGAUUUGAUUGCUAAUGUUGAUGGCCUGCAUCUACACCCCCCCUCAACAAGAAGACUUCCGGGAAGGCCCAAAAAGCAACGAUUCUACUCAAAGGGCGAAAAACUUAUGAAACGCAUGAGUCGCAGGACCGCUUGCAGCAGGUGCAAGAAGUUGGGACACAACAAAGUAACCUGCAAAGAACCUAUAUAAGAUAUGGAAGCAAGGUGGUUAUGGAGGGGGAAUCUAAGAAAAUGGGGCCAGUGUACGUAACGAGAGCGGUUGAAAGGGAAAGCUGUAUGUAACGAAGGUGGGAGUUACAUAAGGGAAAGUUGUAUGUAACGAAG